UUAUUUUUUAUCUGUUUCUCUCAAAAUCUAAUAAACAAGAUGUCUGCUAACGAGAAUGCCAAUGCAGCAGCAGCUCGCUUGAACAGAUUCAAGAACAAGGGCAAGGAUACUACAGAAAUGAGAAGGCGGCGUAUUGAAAUCAACGUAGAGCUGAGGAAAGCUAAGAAAGAUGACCAGAUGCUUAAAAGAAGAAAUGUUAGCACUUUACCAGAUGAUGCUACUUCUCCUCUUCAGGAAAACAGGAGCAAUCAGGUUUCAGCACACUGGUCAGUUGAAGAAAUAGUCAAAGGAAUUAAUAGUAAUAACAUGGAGCUUCAGCUACAGGCUACUCAAGCUGCCAGGAAACUCCUCUCAAGAGAGAAGCAGCCCCCAAUAGACAGCAUCAUUAGGGCUGGUUUGAUUCCCAGGUUUGUCUCCUUCUUGGGAAGAGCAGACUGCAGUCCUAUUCAGUUUGAAUCUGCCUGGGCACUUACCAACAUCGCUUCUGGCACAUCAGAACAAACAAAGGCAGUUGUAGAUGGAGGGGCUAUUCCAGCCUUUAUUUCACUGCUGGCCUCUCCCCACACUCACAUCAGUGAACAGGCUGUGUGGGCGUUAGGAAAUAUUGCAGGGGAUGGCUCUACCUAUAGAGACCUGGUUAUUAAAUUUGGUGCGAUUGAGCCACUGCUGAGUCUGUUGGCAGUUCCCGAUCUCUCUUCUCUGGCUUCUGGAUAUUUACGCAACGUUACCUGGACCCUCUCAAACCUGUGUCGUAACAAGAAUCCUGCACCACCCAUAGAAGCCAUUGAGCAGAUUCUUCCGACUCUGGUUCGGCUCUUGCACCAUGAUGAUCAUGAGGUGUUGGCAGACACAUGCUGGGCACUUUCCUAUCUAACAGAUGGUUCAAAUGACAGGAUAGAAGUUGUAGUGAAAACUGGAUUGGUGCCACAACUUGUGAAACUCCUGGGGUGUAGUGAACUGUCAAUAAUGACUCCUUCAUUAAGAGCUAUAGGAAACAUUGUCACUGGCACUGAUGAGCAGACGCAGGUUGUUAUUGACUCAGGAGCACUCUCUGUCUUUCCAAGUCUCCUUUCUCAUCAUAAAAACAACAUUCAGAAAGAAGCAGCAUGGACAAUGUCCAACAUCACUGCCGGGCGACAGGACCAGAUUCAGAGAGUUGUAGACCAUGGUCUUGUACCUUAUCUCAUUGGCAUUCUGAGGAAGGGGGAUUUCAAAUCUCAAAAGGAAGCUGUGUGGGCUGUGACUAACUACACAAGUGGUGGAACAACUGACCAGAUCGUGUAUCUUGUUCAGGCUGGUGUUGUCAAGCCCCUGCUGAAUCUCCUCUCGGCUAAAGACAGCAAAACUGUGCUAGUCAUUCUGGAUGCUAUUUCUAAUAUCUUUUUGGCUGCUGAGAAGAUUAAUGAGACUGAAAAACUUUGCCUCAUGAUUGAGGAGUGUGGAGGUCUGGACAAAAUCGAAGCUCUCCAGUCACAUGAGAACGAACAAGUGUACAAAGCUUCAUCCACCCUCAUUGAGAAAUAUUUCUCAGCAGAAGAGGAAGAAGACCACAAUGUUGUACCAGAAUCUACUGCUGCCAGCUACACUUUCCAAAUUCAGGGCAAUACCCCAGAUACUUUCAACUUCUAG